UAUCUAUUUCCGCUUAUCAUCACUACUCAGCUCAGCUGCUCUCUUCCCGAACUAUGUUUGCAAGCACCAAAAUUAAGGAAGCCAUGUUAUGAAAAAGGAAAGGGAAGAGAAGAAAAUUUUCAGAAACUGAAUCCAUGUUUUCAAUAGCCAGAAGGAUCAUCAACAACAAUGGAACAACCACCAUCACGAUGAGACUGAUUCCUCGCUUCCUAUCACUUCACCGUCACUCUUGGAAUUCUGUUAGUGGCGGUUUCAAAACCCUCGAUCACAGAGCCCCCAAGUUCUGCUGUGCACGGCACAAAUCAGAGGGAGGAGGAGGAGGAAGGAGGUGGUGGUCCGGAAACGAUGACCGUUACGACCACAUAAGAACUGAGGCGAACUGCCCGCGCUGCUCAAAGCCCAUCACAGUUGUCUUCUCCAACAGACCACUCUCCAUCUCGGCCCAUGCCGCACCCCCGGGCCUAUACCAGGCCCUCAACCUUUGCCCGUCUUGCAGGACCGCCUUCUAUUUCAGGCCCGUCAAACUCUCACCUCUCCACGGCGAGUUCUUCGAAAUCGGUCGGGUUAACGCUCCUCUGAGACCUCCGGUUCAUGAUCAUGAUUGUAAUCGUCAUCGUGCUCUAGCUGCUUCUUCUUCUCACGAUUUGGCGAAGAAGAAGAGUGAUUUGCUAACGCCGAAGCAGAUAUUUGAAGCGCUCAAUCGCUAUGUUGUUGGCCAGGAGAAAGCGAAAAAGGUUCUUUCGGUGGCUGUUUACAACCACUACAGCAGGAUUCAUCUUGCUUCCCUCAACCAAUCAGAAGAUGGAGAUGAUGUGGUUGAACCAGAGAAAAGCAAUGUCAUGCUUAUUGGUCCAACAGGCUCAGGCAAGACGUUGCUUGCGAAAACACUGGCACGUGCUGUGAACGUACCAUUUGCCAUAGCAGAUGCAACAACACUGACUCAGGCGGGUUAUGUGGGAGAAGAUGUUGAAUCAAUAUUAUAUAGGCUUCUUGAGGAAGCGGAUUUUGAUGUGGAAUUAGCUCAGCGGGGAAUUGUCUAUGUUGAUGAAGUUGAUAAGAUCACUAAGAAGGCUGAGAGUAGAAAUAUUGGAAGAGAUGUAUCUGGGGAGGGUGUGCAGCAGGCCUUGCUAAAAAUGCUGGAAAGCACUGUAGUGAGUGUACCUGAUAAAGGAGCUAGCAAGCAUCAUGCUGGUGAUAACAUUCUGAUUGAUACAAAGAAUAUUCUUUUUAUAUGUGGAGGGGCCUUUGUUAAUUUGGAGAAAACCAUCUCUGAAAGGCAGCAAAACUCAUCCAUUGGGUUUGGAGCACCAGUUUGUGCAAACAUGAGGACUUCUGGAUUCACUGAUGCUCUAGUCACAUCGUCACUUCUUGAGAAGGUAGAAAGUGGUGAUUUGAUUGCAUAUGGUCUCAUUCCUGAAUUUGUGGGCCGUUUUCCAAUUCUAUCUGGUUUGUCCGCUUUGAACGAGGAACAACUUUUUCAGGUCCUUGUUGAACCUAAAAAUGCCCUUGUUAAACAAUACAGAAAGAUGUUCGAAAUGAACAAUGUCAAUUUACAUUUCACUGAUACUGCACUGAGAUUGAUUGCUAAGAAAGCCAUGGCAAAGAACACUGGUGCCCGUGGUUUAAGAGCCUUGUUAGAAAAUGUUCUUACUGAAGCAAUGUUUGAGAUUCCAAACAAGGUGGAUGUUGACAAUGUAAAAGCAGUGCUGGUUGACGAAGAGGCUGUCGGUUCAUUGGAUGGCCCUGGCUGUGGCGCAAAAAUCCUGUACAGUGAUGAUGAUGGAGCGUUGGAGGAUCAAACAUCAGCAUAUGUUUGUACAUAGAUAAUACUUGUCAGAAUCUUCCUUACCAUGCUUUUUUUUCUCUUUAUUGCAUCUUUUUCUUGUUAUUAUCCUUAUGGUAUAU